AUGUGGGCACGCACCCAACCCCAAAUCCCGGCUCCCCUCUCCAGCGCGAGUUUCCUGCAGGCGUCCCACUUCCAGCUAGGAUUCGAUCGGCGGCGGCCCGAGGGCUGCACAGUGGCGUCCCCGUACCGUACCGACUACCCUCCUCGGUGGGGCAGCUACCAGCGAGAGCCCAUCCUGCCUCCGAAAUGCGCAGGCGUCUUGAACCAAGACAUGGGGGGGCCCUGGGAGCCCUGCUCGGAAACAGAGGCCUCCUUCCCGCCCCGGCCUCUGCUGCCCCGGCCCGACAUCUGCCUGCUCACCUCCUCCCUUCGCAUGCACGAGGAGCCCCGGCAGUGCACGUUCACCUCGGUGACCCGCGAAAGCUACCCGUACCCUCCUGGUGCCCCACGGCCCCCACUCAACCGCGUGGACAAGCGGGACGACAGCGUCCCCGGCGGGGGCAAAGAAAAGCUCCCCCUGCCUGCCUCGCUCUACCAGCAGUCCUACCCGGCCCACCGAGGGAUGCCGCCGGUCGUCAAGGCCCGAAACCAGCACCUGGGAGACGAUUCCGCCCUGAGAGGUGACGGCCGCGGCCGCUACGACACCUCUUACCAAACGCAGUACAUGGGGUUGUGGGCGCCUCCGGCCCAGGCCUGUGACAAGAAGGUGGUGUCGAUCGUCUUUGGUGACCCCCGGUACCACAGGGACGUGAGCGAGCAGAGGCACGCGUACGUCCCCCGGCACCCGCAGGGCCCACGCUACGACCCAGCGAUGGCCGCCGUGAAGCUGCAGCAGUCGAACGUCCGGCCCGGUGACGGACAGCGAAAUUUUUCCACCAUCAUGUCUGAAUCAUACACGUGGAAGGACCCUGGACCUACGUACAUUUCGGACUACAAAACGAAUGAGUCCUCCAUUCUCCAAGGGGCUCCGGACAGCAAGGAAGAAAUGACCACCCACCGGUUUUACUUCAGAGAGCUGACGGACCAGGGGCACCAGCCGGCACGUGACCCGCGGAAAGGCCAGGCCACGGUGCGCUUGGGAGACCCCCGCUGCGCCUCCUUCAGCACCACCCAGCAAUCGGCCUACCAGCCGCCCCCCGAAAGCCACAGAGUGCCCCCCCAAAACAAUAAACUAAUGGGGAGCAACAUCCGCUUCGACUACCACGCGCCUAACGCGCCAACCACGACCACACAGGAGAUGCUGGUCCCUCAUCAACAGCGGAAGCAGCGACUCACCGAAGAAGACCUGCAGAAGAUCAAAUAUUCCCAUUUGACCCUGCCGUGGCGGGAGUGGCGCUGGUUCAGCACCGAGCAGAAGGACGCCUACACCGACAAGUACGAAGGCCCCAUCACGCUCGCCGUGGGCGACUUCCAGAGCAGCAGCGUCCCCCUGGGCACCAUGCUGAACUAUCGGCAGCGGAAGAAAACGGCCCCCUGA